AGAAGUGGGGAUCCGCACACUCUGACCCACAAGUAGGCCUUGAUCUCUACCCAGUCAGUGUCCAUCAAACGAGUCGAAGCAAACGAUGUGGGUAUGCAUGGUGCAACAUUGUAAACGUCGUUGAACUCUCUCGUCAGUGAAGAAAAAUAGUUUGACACGCACGUGAUCGGAACCGUGCAAACGGGACAGUGCACCAAUCUUGGUGACUUUCUUCUCUCUUUCUCUUUCUUUUUUCUUUCUUCUUUCUUGUUUUCCCCUAUCAAGAAACAAACGGAGACAGCACAGGGAGGUUGAAGAUGAUACUGAGAACUGCCCCCGAUGGCAUUGUCCUUCUGCUCGCGCUCAUCGGGUUAGUUGGCGGGCAGGAUGAUGAUUCUUUGGCCAGUACCUUUCUGUCAGGUUUUUUAAAUUCUCUAACGAGUACGGCGAAGAUCGCCGACUGUCCAGGAGUAUGUGUGCACACGUUGGCGACGAUAAUGUGCGACGACGUCCUUGAAGAUGUGCUGUGUCCCACGAUAAGUAUGCGAUGCUGUCUACAGGAUCCGAUAAAUGGUACCAGUUCGUCUGAAAAUGCAAUUGACGAUGAGGAGCCGUCAACUUCGACCGUGUCUACGACGAUCGUCAAGACCACGACGAUUUCUACGACACCUGCAACAACUACGACACUCAGCACAUCAACUUCCUUCACUUCGACAAAAACUAUACCGGAAAGCUACAAUGAGACAAGUGAAAAGUCAUCAAUUAAAGCUUGUUUGGGCAUUUGCAUGGCCGAAAGAAUCGCCGAUUAUUGUGAUGCCGUGCUGGUAAUAGACACUCUAUGCAAGCCUGGCUACAAGUGCUGCGUAUCCAGAGAUGCCUUUGGAGAGUCUCCACCACCUGAGCUGUUGGUAAUCGAUCGCCUGAACUCUUCUCGUAUCGACGAGAAGAACAGCGCAAGUGACAGCAAGACCUCAUCCUUGUUGACGACAAUGCGACCAAACACAUCAUUAUCGACGAGCGUUUCUGCAACUGCGACGACAAUGACGACGAUGAUAACAACGUUAACUGCUACUAGACAGCCAUCGACAGCAGCGACAACAACAAGACCUAAGCCAGUACCAUUCAAGCCAUGUAAAGGAAGAUGCAUGAGUGGUUUAUCCGCUCUUUUCUGCGAGAAUGUUGACGCAUAUGCAGAUUGUCCUCCCGAUGAUUCCGUAUUGACGGUUUGCUGUAUCAGUGAACCACAAAAAGCGGAAACGGCAACAACAAUUCAGCCCUCCACGAAAGCUCCUCAACUAAAGCUACCAACGUGCCCUGGUUUUUGCCUAUUAACUCUUAUGGCAGCCUUCUGUGAGCGACCGAAUGUAAUCAUAACGAAAACGUCAACUUGUCAAUCCAGUUACAUCUGCUGCGAUAAUACAAAAAGCUCGUCACAGUUUCAGACUCCGAAACCAAGACCGAGACCUACUCCACGACCGCCGACAACGAUAUCAUUACCACCGGACCCACGUCCGGAUUGUCCCGGUUCCUGCAUUGUAUCUUACUUGUCAUUUACCUGUUUCAGAAAUGCUGAGCUGACGAAUUUGUUCAAGUGCAAGAAACAGGGACACCAGUGUUGUGCACCGAAAUCUCUGAUAAGAGAAUUCCACGAUGAAAAUUCUACGGAGCCGAUUCUAACCAACAGGAACGAUACAUUUCAUGUUACUUCGCGACCUUAUACCACCCCACUCACCACGUUGUAUGAAACGACGACGAUUACCACUACUACUAGAAGUCCGGUAUACAGUAAAUAUGUUUGUGGCGUAAAGGGGACCUCACGCGGUCCAAUCCAGGCACGAAAUUCCGAAAGAAUCGCGCGCGUUGUAGGUGGUGAAGAUGCAGAUGCCAACGAAUGGUGUUGGCAGGUCGCAUUGAUAAACUCUCUCAAUCAAUAUCUGUGUGGAGGCGCGCUGAUAGGAACGCAAUGGGUUCUUACUGCGGCGCAUUGUGUCACAAACAUCGUAAGGACCGGCGACGCAAUCUAUGUAAGGGUGGGUGAUCAUGAUCUCACUCGUAAAUACGGAAGCCCCGGUGCUCAAACCUUACGUGUCGCAACGACAUAUAUCCACCACAAUCACAAUAGCCAGACGCUCGAUAAUGAUAUCGCUUUACUAAAGCUUCAUGGUCAAGCAGAACUGAAAGACGGAGUUUGUCUAGUUUGUUUGCCCGCGCGGGGUGUUAGUCACACAGCUGGAAAAAGAUGUACAGUUACUGGUUAUGGAUACAUGGGAGAAGCCGGUCCUAUACCUCUUCGAGUACGUGAAGCGGAAAUACCGAUCGUCAGCGAUGCCGAAUGCAUAAGGAAAGUGAACGCCGUGACCGAGAAGAUCUUUAUUUUACCAGCAAGUAGUUUCUGCGCCGGUGGCGAACAGGGAAAUGACGCGUGUCAGGGCGAUGGUGGAGGUCCUCUGGUAUGUCAAGAUGAUGGUUUUUAUGAGCUGGCCGGACUGGUGUCUUGGGGAUUCGGUUGCGGUCGUCAAAAUGUACCGGGUGUGUACGUAAAAGUCUCUUCGUACAUCGGCUGGAUAAAUCAGAUCAUAUCGUCCAAAGGAUUUCGGUCUUAAACGAUGUUCAGUCCAGGCAUCUAAAAAGAGAGGAUCUCACAGGCCAAAAGGUCCAUUCAGCAAAUUAAAAAAUCAAGUUGGAGUAUUAACGUCUACUGGAAAAGUCUACUGUAGAAUCCAAGCCUAAACAAAGGAAGAUUCCGAACCAAAAUUCAACAGGAAAACGGAGACAAGGAUAUCACGGUAUAUUCAGACAGGAUGCAAAUAUGUUCGCGAACUAAAAUAAAGACAGCUCGGAAUCAGAUUUUUUCCUAUCACAGAGGAGUCAGUGAUUUAGACACAGAAGUCUAUGGUCAGGAGCCUUAAUUCAUUUUUUUUCUAAUAAAUUGCAAAUAAAAUUUUGUCUUAA